GGGUCAUCCUGACCGAAGAACGCCAGAGGCCUGAUUGAUGACUCAGGUGUGGGCUGSAGGAAGUGCCUCUCUCAGUUGAUGGUUAAUAAUCUGUUGAUAAUCCCGUGGACUUUAGCCUGAAACAKAAAGCUGGAUUCUCUGUCUUCGGUUGUUCAGAAGUCACGAGGCUGAAGCAGCAAUGGAAGAUGACUCAAAGACCAAUGAUUACCUGGAAGAUGGGCGGAGCCACAAGUUGGAAGAGACAAACUCACAAACAGGAAGACCCAAAGCAGCAGAUGAAUCAAUUGAGACAGAACGAGCAGAACUAGAUAUGCUUUACACCAUUGAAGAUGUCCCACCUUGGUACCUGUGCAUCUUACUGGGACUACAGCAUUACUUGACAUGUUUCAGUGGGACUGUUGCWGUACCAUUUCUUCUGGCUGAAGCCAUGUGUGUUGGGCGAGACCAGAACACUGUGAGUCAGCUGAUUGGAACUAUUUUUACCACUGUUGGAAUCACAACUCUGAUCCAGACCACGGUGGGAGUCAGACUUCCUCUGUUUCAGGCCAGUGCAUUUGCAUUCCUUAUUCCUGCUCAGGCGAUCCUUGGUCUGGACCGUUGGAAAUGUCCCAGUGAAGAGGAUAUAUAUGGGAACUGGAGUCUUCCCCUGAACACUUCUCACAUAUGGCAGCCUCGUAUCAGAGAGAUUCAGGGGGCCAUCAUCAUGUCAAGUCUGGUAGAAGCUGUGAUUGGUCUGUGUGGAUUACCUGGUCUGCUACUGGAAUACAUUGGUCCACUCACCAUCACUCCAACUGUCUCACUAAUAGGUUUGUCUGUAUUUACCACUGCUGGGGACAGAGCCGGAUCUCAUUGGGGCCUUUCAGCACUGUGCAUGUUGCUGAUUGUACUGUUUGCUCAGUACCUAAGGACAACAUCACUUCCUGUUCCCGUGUACAGCAGAAGAAAAGGACUGACAUCCACCAGAGUUCAGAUUUUCAAGAUGUUUCCUAUCAUCCUUGCCAUAAUGUUGGUUUGGCUUGUCUGUUAUAUCCUCACUUUAACCAACCUGCUCCCGACUGAUCCGGAUCAUUACGGACACAAAGGCCGAACUGACGCCCGRGGUGACAUUAUGACAUCAUCACCCUGGUUUAGGGUUCCCUACCCCUGUCAGUGGGGGUUGCCGGUGAUAACAGUUGCUGGGGUGUUGGGAAUGCUAAGUGCGACCAUGGCAGGUAUUGUGGAGUCAAUUGGAGAUUAUUACGCCUGUGCUCGUCUGUCAGGAGCCACAAUCCCUCCAAUCCACGCCAUCAAUAGGUGGGAAGCAGACGUGUGGUGCAGUAUGGAGCUGGCAUCAUGUUCCUCUUAGGAUCAGUUGGGAAGUUCACAGCCCUGUUCGCCUCUCUUCCAGAUCCGAUACUGGGAGGAAUGUUUUGCACGCUGUUUGGCAUGAUAACAGCUGUUGGUUUGUCAAACCUGCAGCUGGUUGAUCUGAACUCUUCUAGAAAUCUUUUUGUUCUUGGAUUCUCUAUGUUCUUUGGGCUGACACUGCCAACAUACCUGGAUGCACACCCCAACGCCAUCAGCACAGGUCUAGCAGAACUGGAUCAGAUUCUGACAGUUCUUCUGUCCACUGAGAUGUUUGUUGGAGGUUUUCUGGCUUUUUGUCUGGACAAUACAAUACCAGGUACAAGACAGGAAAGAGGUCUGGUCCAGUGGCUCUCUUCAUCUGGUUCCUCUUCCUCCUCUGGCUCAUCCUCCUAUGACUUUCCCCUGGGGAUGGGCGUGGUCAGAAAGACCCGCCUACUUAGGUGGUUUCCCAUUUGCCCAACCUUCACAGGUUUCAGGGUGUCUGAUGAAGCUCCACCCCCUGACAGACUGGAGGAGAGAGGAGAUGAAGAAGAAGAGGCAGGGGACCUCCACCUGUCCAGUACCAAAGUGUGACAGUCCUGGAUGGUCCAGACUGAUGAUGACAUUACCAGUCUGGACCAAUGAGAGAAGCAGGAAGCUGCUGGAUCUGUUUCCAUAC